UCAAAUAUUUCACACAAUUUUCUCAUUUGUAUCCUUAAUAAAAACCUGAAAAAAACUUAUCUUUUCUAACCUUUUUUGUCUUAAACACUAAACCCAUGUGCCCAUAUCACUAACCACCGUUGCUACCACCGUUCGCCGCCACCCUACGCCGGAAAACUGCCACCACUACUCACAAUCACCAUGAUUGAUCACUCACAUAUGCCCUGAACACCCCCACAUAACCAAUUCAUCGCAAUUUAUCUUGUUCUUUGCAAAUUUGCUGCAGGAAUCUUGAAACCCUAAACGCAGUGAAUUAUCUUCAAAGAUUUUUCUUUGUGUUCAAGUUUCGAUUUUUAUGUCCGAUUAGAUCACAGCUGCUAAAAAGGUUAAAGCUCUUUUUGCGAUAAUCGGUUCAAUGGAGAUCGACCCUCCACACGAAAGUGACGGAAGCACCACCGGAUCAAAGGAAAGUGAGAUGAAUCUCGUGUCCGGUCACGAUUCAGGUGUUGGUUUGCCAUACGCUCCUGAGGAUUUCCCGAUACCUGGCGAUAAAUGGAAAUGGAAGGUGGGAAAAAGAGUUGCCAUUUCGGGACACUUUAUGGACCGAUAUCUUUAUCUCCCUGAUCGUCUUUAUAACGAGUUUAAGUCGGUGGCUUCCGCUAACUCGUCACACCUUAAGGGGGGUUUCAACAGUAAGGCUGCGGUUAGGCGGUUUUUGUCGGAAGUGUUUCCGGAUAUAGAUAUGAAGGCCUUCUUUGCGUCUUUUACGUGGAGGAUUCCGGCUGGAAAAGUUAAAGGAGACACAGAUAUUGUCUUGAACUGCACUCCAAAGUUCGAUCCCGCAGGCUGCAAGGCGGGAAACAUAAACUGCUCCAGUUUACUUUCAACAAACGAUCCCGAUCAAUCAAACAUAAUGGCCUGCGAUGUAUGCUGCAUCGAGCCUCGUUUCUGUCACGAUUGUUGUUGUAUACUUUGCUCUAAAACAGUCGAUUCCGCAAACGGUGUUGAUCAAACGUUCAUCAAAUGUCAAGCCAUAGUCAAAGACGGGUUCAUCUGCGGACACAUUUGCCACAUUGAAUGUGCGCUUCGGUCUUACAUGGCUGGAACGGUCGGUGGGACCAUUUGUCUCGAUGCGGAGUAUUACUGCAGGCGGUGUGAUGCGACUACGGAUUUGGUUCCGCAUGUCGUGAAUCUUAUUAAGAGCUGUGAGUCGAUUAGUUAUGGUGAUAAAAUGCGGAAGAUUCUUAAUCUUUGUAUUAUUAUAUUGCGAGGAUCGACGAAAACGAGUGCGAAGAAUUUGUUGCAUCAUGUUCAAUCUACUUUAGCAAAGCUCAAGGAAGGAAACACUCAUGAAGAUCUAUGGAAACCGGAAGAAAACACACAUGAAGAUAUAUGGAAACAGGAAGAUAUAUCAGCUAUUACCACAGGAGAAGUUUGUCAGUAUGAAACAAUGGACGUUGAGACGGUGACAGCACCAACCCAGAUAACAUUUACAAAUUUUGAUGACCAAAUAGAAUCUGGCAAACUUGAGCGGAGGGUCGAGAAGACACUCGCCUCCCUCAAAAAGUCACAGGAAACCGAGUACAAAGUUGCUGAAGAUGUCCUAACAACCCAAAAAAACCAGCUUUUACAUCUUUAUGAACAGCUGAAAACAGAAAAAACAAAACUUGCAAAUUGCUCUCCAUCGGCCGACCCAUCACUAGUCCAUAACGUUUUCAAGAUAAUGGAUCAGAUCAAAAACGAAUUUGGAAAGAUGACGGCAAUGCAAGGCGUUGGUAAAGGGUUUGGAAAAACAUCCAAGUAUGUAUUGAAAGAGCAUUUUGGUGUGCAGGCGGAUAACUAAGAUGGGUGUUUGUAAUUGUAAGCUCGAUUUUGGAACCAGGUAGCGAAAGAUUAUGUAACAUAGAAAGAGUAUGUCUGUUGUCAAUACUCGUGUUGUAGUUUGCUCGAACGCAAAGGCGUGACAUGGUCAUGGAUGCGAAUGCUUAGAAAGCUGGUCCUUGUAGCAUCGCAGUAUCGCUAUGUCUUUAUGAUCUUAAAAAUUUGCUUGAUAAGCAUCAUACAAAAACAUCAACUUUGUGGUUUAUGGUUAUGUUGCUUAGUUUUGUUCUUAA